UCGAUCGGCCAAAUUUCGCUGCAGUAAACUUGGUGGCCCGAGAUAUAUACGGGUGACGAUCAUAGCGCUCCGUGAGCAUGCCUGAAACGUUCGGCGCUGUUGAGUCUCAGUGAAACACAGUACCUCGGUGGUCUCUCAUCCAACCGGACCCUCUACAUUUUUUUGUAAAAGACAUGUUUUCCGGACUUACGAAUCAAGUGAGUAGCUGGAUGGGGGGAACGGCAAAGAAAGAUGGUGAUCCCCAGAAGAGCGAAGAAGAGAACUUGUCGCCUCAUGCUGUGGAGAAUGACGUGAUAAGCAACACUGAAGCUGAAAAUAAGAAAGACAGUCCGACUAAAGGAAGCAAACUGGAGAUGUUGGGGAAUGUAAAGAGCCAGAUGACUAGCUGGCUAGGGUCUGGUGUUUUGGGAGGCCUAAGGAAGGGGGACCCAUCAGACCCAAAUGCAACUACUGGCCAGCAACCAUCAGAUCAAUCAAGUGAUCCUGCUCAGCAGACUUCUACUUCCGAGAAGCCAGCACAGGACACAACUCAAGAAACCAAAGAAGAUGAUGACUCCAGUGCUACAGGAGGAGCAGACAGUGAUGUGGCUGCCUCUGAACCAGGAACACCUGUGGAGGACAAGGAAGGGGGCCAACCAUUUGGUGCUGUCUCAACUAAAGCUUUGCAAGGCGCCAAAUCCAUAGGAAGCUUCCUUUUCUCUGCUGUGAAUAAGGCUGGAAAAACAGUGAGCGAAGCAAGUGCAAAAAUCAAGAAGACAGUGGAAGAAAAUAGCCUUCUUGGAGACUUCAACAAAGAACAGGAAUCAUUCAUCAAGGAAAAACAAUCAAAAGGUGCGGAACCUGCCUUUCCUCCAUGGGUUGGCUGUGCUAAUGAAGAAUCUCUCAAAGAAGAAUGCCUCACACUUUCUACGGACAGGCGAACCUUUGUCCGUAGCCCACCAGCUGGCGUAGACUUUCAUUUUGACUAUGAAGUGUCAUAUCCUGUAGCCAUGGCAACGCUGGCAGAGGACCCAAAUCUUGAGAAGAUGAGAUUUGAACUGGUUCCUAAAGUGAUAAGUGAAGAAAACUUCUGGCGGAACUACUUCUAUCGUGUGAGCCUUAUCCGUCAGGCUAAUGAGUUGUCAUCAAUGGUCCAGGAACAGGGUGAGAAUGCUUCAAAGCCUGGCAGUGUUGACGUUGCUGAACCAACUGCAAAACCCCAACCCCAUGAAGUACCUGUUGCGGAACAAGCACCUGCAGACAGCCCCUCCCACGAGUUUGUGUCAGACACAUUCCAGGCAAGUUCCAGGGACUUAGAGGAGGUUCGAGAGGGUAUGAAAAAACUCGGUAUGGAUCCUGACAAAAGGAAUGAAGAAGAGUGGGAGAAAGAGCUAGAAGCAGAACUACAAGAUUAUGAAGUGGUUGCAGAUGGAGACAGUCAACAAGACUCAAACUGGGAGAAUCAAAUUGAGGAGAUGCUGGAUGCUGAGGAUACAACUGAUCUGAAAUAGCUGACAACUUGUAACAGUAGGCUGACGUACAUUUAUGACCAGUUGCAGCUUAUUUUUGGGUAUACCUAAGGGCUUCAUGAAAUGGCCUUCUUUCAUUGUAAAAGAGAUUACUGCUAGCCUAAAAAUAUUUUAUUUGUUCUGGAUGUCAGCUUCAGAAUUCGCCAAAUAUUUUAUUAAUCAUAAAGGAAAAAUGUCAAUUUUCAAGUUACCGUGUUCUAUAAAACAUACCAGAGAAUGACUAUAAAAUAUCAAAUUAAAAAUAGUGUUAAUGCACAUUAAUAAAUAAAUAGCUGAAUUAAUUUUCUAAAAUAAAUGAGAUUUCCUUUCAUUGGGUGAUAUAGAAGGAUAAAUUACUACAUUUUGUUGAAAUACUGGAAAUAAAGUAAUUUGAUUUAUUUAUGUAAAAAAAUCUUUUAAAAAUUGUGUUCCAUAAAUUAAUAUUAUUUAGUGUUGCUAUAAAUUGUAUAUGAGUGUAUGUACAUACUUCAGAAUAUGUGAAAAGUUGUAUAUGAGAACUGUACAGUUUGUGAUCAAGUGUCUGUUUGUGAUUAAUUUCAGCAUUUUAUAACAAAAAGUUGUUACAACCAAUUAUUUUUUGUGUAGCAGGAAUUAACUGUCAUAAAAUUACAAAAUUUUGUAUUUCGAUUAAUAAGUGUGCUUACAUGUUGUACCAGAGAAUAUAAAAGUUGAUGGGUCGAGUGGAGUAGAAUUUGUUAGAGUGCAAUAACCACUUUCUGCCUAUAAAUAUUUCACUUGAUCAAAACUGUUGAUAUAUAUCUGUGUGUCUGUAGUGUAACUGUUUCAGAGGUGUGCGUCAUUAUUAAAACUCUUCUUCAAAUAUGAAACCAUUCUGAAAUGACCUGACUUGCCAUUUUGUCGUCACCUUUCACACAAACAUUCCACUUGCAGUGGUCAGUUCUAUUGUUUAAUAAGUUCUCCCCAGAAUGAUUUAAAUUUGUCUUCAACAUAAACAUUUAAUGAAGAAUAGAAAAUGCGAAUAUACCAUUGUCUAGUCUUCUGAAUAGAUUUUCAAACAAGAUUUCUUCAUAAUCUGUAGUUUAUCAUCCAGUUUUUUUUUCCCCAAAAAUGUUCUGCAAACCAAUACAGAUGGUGACUCCCCUUGAUACUAACCUCCACAGAAGAGUGAAAUUCAUUCAUCAUACUUAUUGAUUCCCUGACAAAAGUAAAGUAGCUCUGCCCUUGAAGAAUGUUGCAGGUAUUGCUUUGUAGAAGACUUACUGCAGGUUUAUGUUACUGAAAGUUCCUAUGUCACUGUUGUAAUUUCUAUAAUAACUUUUUAUAUUUUAAUGAUAAUAAUUACUUCAUUAAUUUUAAAUGUUCUUAUUUUGUCUUAUUAUUAUGUGGUUUUCUCUUCUUGUUUGUUUCACUGAGAGGCACUGUGUGUGUGUGUGUGUGUGUGUGUGUGUGUGUGUGUGUGUGCAUAAGUGCUUGGUUGCAUGCGUGCAGGUUCCAUACCGGAUUUGGAUGAAUGUUGGUUUGAUUCUUCAUGACUUCAGGAGUGGCUGAGAAAUAUUUGUAUUUGCACAAGUGAAGACUGUGUUGGGGUAUAAGUUAAAAUAUGUUUAUUAAGAAUGAGUUAAUGUAACCAGCCUGAGUGAAUAACAAUUAACUAUGAUGCAUACAUUCUUCCAAGUUAUUUCAAGAUCUUCUUGUUUAAAAAGAAAUAGACAAUAUAAGUAGCCACUGGGAUUCCUAACCACCUUCAUAAUGUACCUUUUCAUCUGUUGGAUGUUAAGAAAUAUAGUGUAUGUAUAACAGAUAAAUGUGCAAGUAGGUGAAAACAAAUGUAAUUAAUGGUUACAAUAUACUGAAAUAUAUUGUGUGUUUCCCUGGC